GACGAAACUAGCAAGGACCGGACGAGACUUGGUACGAAAAAUCAAAAAUUCAUCGAAUUUAAGCAGAAAAAAUCAAAGAAAAAUACAAAAAAAUGUCCAAAGUAGUCCGUGCAGUAAGAAAUGAUGAGAACAACACAUUGCGAAUUAACUUGAAAAAGACGCAGCAAGCGCCCGUUUUGCUGAAGGACACGAAGAGAGCGGCACUUGGCGAAGUCGGGAAUCGCAUUAUCAAGAACGAAAAUGUGCAAAAAGAGAAUAUUUUACGCGACGCCAAGCAACCGGGGGGCGUCUACAAAAACAUCAAGGCACGAGUCGAUAGUGGUUUAACGAAGAUAACUACGCGAUCCGAUACACGUAAGGCACUCACAUCGGUUACAAAUGUGAAUUCACAAGCGGGAUUUGCCAAGGCGCUGGCAACACAACGGUCUGCCAUCGCAAAAUCUGGUUCUGUUACAACAACAACUUCAGUUCGUGUCAAGGCAGCUGAAUUGCCAAAGCCCCAAACAGCCGUUACGACCUUCAAACGUGAGGAAAGUCACUUGACCCGACGUUCCCUGUCGAAAAUCCGUUCAGCUUUGCAAUCCCGCAAAAGUUCGUCAACGGAAAAAAUUGACGCACUCACACCAAGUUGCGUCACAAUCGACACACAUUCCGCCAAACUCUUGUCACAAAUCGAAAAUAUCGAUAUAAAUGACGGAAAUAAUCCGCAACUCGUGUCGCAAUACGCCCAAGAUAUCUACAACUACCUCUUUGACGUGGAACGUGCCUUCCCCAUUCAUCCGAACCAUUUGGCGCAACAAACGGAAGUGACACCGAAAAUGCGCCAAAUUCUCAUCGACUGGAUCAGCGAGGUGCAUUUGCAGUUCAAACUCGAAAUUGAAACGUUCCAUAUGGCGGUCAGCAUUAUCGAUCGUUACUUGCAAGUCACUUCCAAGGUCAAGCGGCGCGAAUUGCAACUCGUUGGCGUGACGGCACUCUUCAUCGCCAGCAAAUACGAGGAAUUAUAUCCGCCAGAAAUUAACGAUUUUGUCUACAUCACCGACGAAACGUACAACAAACGCCAAAUUUUGGACAUGGAAAUGGUCAUGUUUCGUGCCCUCGAGUUCCAACUCAGCAAACCGCUGCCAAUUCACUUCCUGCGACGCUUCUCGAAGGCAUGCAAAGGCGAGGACUCCCAUCACAUCAUGGCGAAAUAUUUAAUGGAACUCGCUUCCGUCGAAUAUCACAUGUGUCAAUUCCAUCCGUCGGAAAUUGCCGCUGCCUCACUUUACUUGAGCCUGAAACUUUUCCCGAAAUCCCGUAAGACUGCCGGCUCGUGCUGGACCGAAACGUUGCGUUAUUACACGCGAUACACUUCCGCUCAAUUGCGACCGAUCGUGAUCGAAUUGCUGAAAAUCUUGAAAGGAGCCCCGAGUGCCAAACUAAAAGCUGUCUUUAACAAGUACAGCUCCACGAAAUUCGAUAAAAUUGCCGUGAAUCCCGCCUUGAAUCAAGUAACGUUGGAAGCUCUUUUGAACACGACAAACUGAAUUUCAGAAAAUUUUUGUUGACUCUCAUUAUUUUUUUAUUAGUAAGGAACUUUUUUUUGUAGUUUUUAAUGUCGCGCCCCCCAAUUUCGUCAUCGUAUUGAACAAUGACACUUGAGUUGAUAGAAGCUCUCGAAAAAAAAAAUUUUUUUUUAGAAUUUAAGACACUCAACCAUCGAAAAACACUUAUAAACGUAAUUUUAUAGCUAUUUAAUAUAUAAUAAUUAAAAAAAAUCUAGUAUUCGUAAAAUUGUAAGUGAUGUACGCGUCACACCUUAUAUUUGUAUAUUACUAUUAAUAUUUUUAUUGUAAUACGGUUUGACAAUAAAUGUAAUGCAUUG